UUCCUUCCCGGCCGGCCCGGUGGCUCGGCCUGAGCGCGGCGAGCGGCGCGGCUGGGCCCGGCCCGUCCCGUCCCGGCGCUCAGGCAGCCCCGCACCCGCACUGCAGCCAUGUUCCGCCGCAAACUCUCGGCGCUCGACUACCACAACCCGGCCGGCUUCAACUGCAGGGAUGAAACGGAGUUCAGGAAUUUUAUUGUCUGGCUGGAAGACCAGAAAAUCAGACACUACAAGAUUGAAGACCGGGGGAAUUUAAGAAACAUACACAGUGAUGACUGGCCCAAAUCCUUUGAAAAGUACAUGAAAGAUGUAAACUGUCCUUUCAAAAUCCAAGAGCGACAAGAAACGGUGGACUGGCUUCUCGGCUUGGCAGUCAGGCUGGAGUAUGGAGAUAAUGCUGAUAAGUACAAGGAUCCUACCCCUGAUGGUGGUAAAAACACUGACAACAUGGCAAAGAAUGCAGAACCACUGAUUAACUUGGAUGUGAAUAAUCCUGACUUCAAGGCUGGAGUGAUGGCUUUAGCAAAUCUGCUUCAGAUUCAGCGACAUGAUGAUUACUUGGUAAUGCUUAAGGCAAUUCGCAUCUUGGUCCAAGAGCGACUGACGCAGGACGCCAUAGCCAAGGCCACUCAGUCCAAGGAGGGUUUGCCUGUUGCUUUAGAAAAGCACAUUCUUGGUUUUGACACAGGAGAUGCUGUUCUCAAUGAAGCUGCCCAAAUCCUCCGCCUGCUGCACAUAGAGGAGCUGCGGGAGCUGCAAACAAAAAUCAACGAGGCCAUUGUAGCAGUUCAGGCCAUCAUUGCUGAUCCCAAGACUGACCACAGACUGGGGAAAGUGGGGAGAUGAGCAGAGGAAAAAAAAAAAAAAGCUUUUAGGCUCUGGUGUAGUUAGUACAAUUAGGAACUCCUACAACUCCAGCAUGCAGUUUGCAAUGGUGUUAUUUUACCGUUGGGAAAGCAAAACCAGGAAAUUGAAUUCUGACUUCUAAUGAAUGAUCGUCUUGGGUUUGGUUUUUUGUUUGUUUUUUUCUUUAAAUAAAUGCAGUUGGGGAAAACA